UCAAUGGAAAAAGGAGGAGAAACUCUUUAAAGAAGGAUUUCUGAGAAGUGUGUUUGGGAACAGACAGCAGAUCUUUGUGAUUCUCAUGAUUCAUCAUUUUUUAAACCGUCUUUCAGAAAGUGAAAGUAAAGUUUAGAUCGCUGGAGCUCAAAGAGUGAAAAUGGAUUCACUGUCUAUUGAUUUUUCUUGUCCUGUAUGCUGUGAAAUCUUCAAGGCUCCUGUUAUUUUAUCAUGUAGUCACAGUGUCUGUAAAGAGUGUCUUCAACAGUUCUGGAGAAUCAAGGGAACUCAGGAGUGUCCUGUCUGCAGGAGAAGAUCCUCAAAUAAUCAUCCUCCUAUUAAUCUUUCGUUACAAAACGUGUGUGAGUCGUUCCUGAAGGAAAGAAAAGAGAGGCAUUCAUCAAGAUCUGGGGAAGUCUGUAAUUUACAUGGUAACAAACUGGAGCUCUUCUGUCUGGAGGACAAACAGCCGGUGUGUUUAGUGUGCAGAGAUUCACAACAACACGACAAUCACAAAUUCAGACCCAUCAGUGAAGUGGUUCCAUCAUACAAGGAGGAGCUCAAUACAGCAAUGAAGUCUUUACAAGAGAAACUAAAACACAAUGAAAAUAUAAAAGAAGAGUUUGAGAAAACAGUCCAACACAUCAAGUCUCAAGCUGAUCACACGGAGCGUCAGAUUAAACAGCAGUUUGAGACGCUUCAUCAGUUUCUCAGAGAUGAAGAAGAAGCUACAAUCACUGCACUGAGAGAGGAAGAGGAGCAGAAGAAACAGAUGAUGAAGGAGAAGCUGGAGGAGAUCAACACACACAUCUCAGCUCUUUCACACACAAUCAAAGACAUGGAGGAGAUGAUGAACGCCAGUGACGCCUGCUUUCUGAAGAAGUUCCCAGUCUCGAUGGAAAGAGUCCAGAUCUCAUCACAGCCGGAUCCACAGACUCCUUCUGGAGCUCUGAUUCAUGUGCCGCGAUACUUGGGAAACCUGCUCUUCAGAGUCUGGAAGAAGAUGCAGGACAUCGUCCAGAACACUCCUGUGAUUCUGGAUCCAAACACGGCUCAUCCACGUCUCCUUCUGUCUGAUGAUCUGACCAGUGUGAGAAACAGGGGGAAAAAACAACCUCUUCCUGAUAAUCCAGAGAGAUUCGACGAGUAUGCCUGUGUCCUGGGUUCAGAGGGGUUUAACUCAGGAGCACACUGCUGGGAUGUGGAGGUUAAAGAGAGUCUGUGCUGGAGUAUUGGAGUAACUACAGCAUCAAACCAGAGGAAGGGAUGUGGUUUCUAUAACACUGAUGUCUGGAGUGUGCAGUAUCAUGAAUCUCCGUUUAACUCACCAAUCACAAAGUUUGGUUUUCUUGUUAAACAGAGGCUGGACAGUGUGAGAGUGAAUCUGGACUAUGACAGAGGAACAGUGUCAUUCUCUGAUCCUGUAACUAACACACAUCUACACACAUUCACGAACACCUUCACUAAAACAGUCUUCCCAUUCUUUAAUUUUUGGGCCAACUCUCUGAAGAUCUUACCACUCAGCAGUCAGUAAUUGUUACACCUGUAGAUCUGGAUCUUCCUGCUUUCAUCAAGUUUCCAAUAUUUCCUCCAUAUCACAUUAAGAGUGCUGUUGAUCUGAAUAUCUGUCUGUAUGACUGAUCUCAGCUCUACAGACACACUCACACUGACACACUGCUGUUAUACAACAAUAGUUAAAAAGAGUUUAUUAGAUCUGUCUGCUGAGGUGAAGUUAAUAUCAAGUCACUUCAUUUCAGUCACAGUAUAUCCAGAUAUCUUCAGCGUUCAGACACAGAAAACAUGGAAACAUCAGGGAAUAUUAAAACUAUGAUCUUCUAUGAAUUUUUUUUUUGUAGUUUUUCUGUUUUGUUUUGUUUUUUCAUUGUGAAAAUUUCUUGGUUGUCAGACUUUCUGUUGUUGGUUCAAAUGUUCAGAGCAGAAAAAUUGUACCAACCUAAAAACUAGUGUUUAAAUGUGUAUAAUUAAAGAUCAAAUCCAGUAAAAAAUGACUUUUCUUCACACAGCUGUGUAUGUGAGUGUAUUUAUUUUCAUCAAGGUUAGCUCAGUUCAGGUCAGUUUUGGUUG